AUGGUAAACUGUGCUGUUUUCGGAUGCAGCAAUCGAUCCCACAAAAAAGCCGGCUCUUCGAGCUGUGCUACCGUCCGAUUUUUUUUAUUUCCGGCGGUUAUCACAACGUCCUGUUGCAAGACGCGAGACCUGUCAACAGCCCGACGAAGCGAAUGGAUUCGCAGUGUGAACCCAGCCGACAUAAAGGAUGCCACUCCGUUUCACCGGAUUUGUAGCGUGCAUUUCGUGACAGGCAAACCGUCAGCUCUUUUUGACCCUAAUCACCCAGACUGGGCCCCUUGUUUGCUGCUUGGGCACAAGAAGUUUAGUCGGGGAACUGCCAGGUACAAUCGACUAAAAGUCCGAGACAAAGUCAGAACGAGAUCGCAGAAGGAGCCAGCGCAGCAUGAACGGUCAACCGCAAACACCACACCCGAGCCAGAACCUGACGCCGACGACCCCAUCGCGGAUCCUUAUGAAGGUUACGUGCAUGGACGAUCCAGCCCCACAACGGUCCACAAAGCUGAACGGUCAACCGCAAACACCACACCCGAGUCAGGACCUGACGUCGACGACCCCACCGCUGAUCCCUAUGCAGGUUACGUGCACAGAGGAUCCAGCCCCGCAAUGGCCCACACAGCUGAACGGUCAGCCGCAAACACCACGCCCGAGCCAGGACAUGACGCCGACGACCCCACCACCAAUCCCGAUGCAGGUCACUUGCACGGGGGAUGCAACCCCGCAAUGGCCCACACAGCUGGUACGAGAGUUUCCGGUGAAUACUUAAGAAUGGUGCUACUUUUAGGAACGCCGUGA